ACGGAACCAGCGACCCGGAUAGUUAGACGCCGAUCACAGCCUUCUCUGUUUACUGCACGGCACAUGUUCCAUCAAUGAUCCACAUGUUAUUAUAGAAAACCUUUAUAACAGUAACUAACACGAAAUGUCUCAUGAUUCAUCCGAGGAAGAUUUAUCCGAAACUGAAGCACCCGUACAGUCGAAGAUUUUGCCUGUUAAUAAUGUGCUACAAUCAAGCUUCAGUUGCAGCAUCAAAAGCUCUAAUAAGAUUAAAAGGACUGGGAAUUCCUACAAAAAGGCCUAAUGAUUAUUUGGCAGAAAUGGCCAAGAGCGAUGCGCACAUGGUUAAGGUACGAGAAAAAUUGCUGAGUAAACAAGCUGCCAUAGAAAGGACUGACAAAAUUAGAGAGAUACGUGAACAGAAGAAGCUUGGGAAAAAGGUUCAAAUUGAAGUGAUGGAACAAAAGAAAAUGGAGAAGAAAAAAAUGAUGAAUGCACUCAAGAAAGCAAAAAAAGGAAAAAUGUCAGCGGAAAAUUUGUUAAAUGAGGAUAAAAGAGGAAUUGGAAAGAAAAGAAGAGGUAAAAAAUUUCGAGAAUUCAAAAAUGACAAAUAUGGAUAUGGAGGCAAGAAAAAAUAUUCCAAGUGGAAUACUUCUGAAAGCAGCUCCCACUUUCCUGGAGAAGAGAAAGAGAGGGAAAAAAAGAAAUUGAACAUUGAUAAGCGACAUAAGUUUAAGCCUCGUGGUAAGAAAAGACCGAGAAAAAGAUGAGCUUUGGAGAACAUAUUCGUUGUUUGGAAUCAUGUAAAUUUUUGUAAUAAAUUUGAC